CUGUCCCGUGAAAGACAAACUUCAGGGAUUUUAACACGAAGCUGAUGGAUGAGCUUUUGAAGCCAGUUUGAAAUGCAGCUUUCUUUAAAUAUGAAGCUUCUCGAAAACAUUCCAGUGCUGCAGAUCUUCCUGCUGUUGCAUCUCAGCCUGAUUAGUGGCGUACAGAGAGCUCCUAAAAUCACCACCUUACUUGAGACAGUUGAUGCUUUACUGGAUCAUAAUGCUACUUUUAUAUGUGAGGUUGAUUCACACCCUCUAGCAGAUAUAACAUGGAUGCGUAAUAAUUACCCUAUACGGCACUAUGACUCUCGAUACAUUAUUAGAGAAAAUGGCCAAAUGUUGAUCAUUCCCAAUGUGAAGGACAUAGACAGUGGAGAAUAUUGUUGCACCGCCGAUAAUGGGAUUGGAGAACCAGCCAAAAGCUGUGGGGCUUUGCAGCUCAAGAUGAAGCCCCAGAUUAAAAGACAUCCAACAAACGUGACACUACUAUUGGAGUCCAAGGCAGUGUUGCCGUGUGUAACAUUAGGAUAUCCAAAGCCAGAAAUUUCCUGGCUUAAAGGUGAUGAUCUGAUAAAGGCUGAUAGCCGAAUAUCAAUUUUGGAAUUCGGUGCCUUAAAAAUUCACAAUAUCAGGAAAGAGGAUGCAGGGCAAUACCGAUGUGUGGCGAGGAACAGUUUUGGGAUUGCCUAUUCAAAACCGGUCACCAUUGAAGUACAAGCUCCUGCUAAAAUACUUAAAAUUCCCAAAGAGAGGAAAGUGCAGAUUGGAACUGAAGUGGCCUUGGAGUGCAAUGCCACUGGAAACCCUGUUCCUUUUAUCACUUGGCUGGAAAAUGGGAAUACAAUCACAGGGGCUUCGGUAGAGGAGACACUGGUUGGGGAGGUGAUUGUCUCCAUCCUGCGUGUGGUGGUAAAUAAGCCGGCUCUUUACACAUGCCAAGCCACCAAUCAACACAGUGGGGGAGCCAAUACUGUCAAAGCUACAGCCAAGAUCACUGUCUCAGAAUGGAGGUUGUACAAAGGCAGUGCUGGUUACUGCAGUAUGUACCGGGGUGAAGUGUGCCGUGGGCUGUUGCGACAUUCAGCACUUGUUUUCUUUAACUCUUCUCUGCCGGAUCCGGAGCAGGCGCAGGAGUUCCUGGCACAUGGAGGCUGGGCUGAGCUGGAGGAAACAAGCCCACUGUGCCAGCCUGCAGCUCGCUCACUGCUCUGCCAUGCUGCCUUCCAGGACUGCAGCCCAUCAGGCCUCGGUCCCGCACCCAAACCUGUCUGCAGGGAGCACUGUCUUGCUGUGAAGGAACUCUACUGUUAUAAGGAAUGGCACUCGAUGGAGGAGAGGAAUCAUAGAGGAGUCAUUGCUCCAAGCCUGAGCCUCACUUUGCCAGACUGUGACUCUCUGCCCAGCCAGCACACAGAUCCAUCAUCAUGCACUGCUGUAGCAUUUGUAGAGAUGAAGAAAGACCAAAUCACAACAACAUGCUACAAUGAUAGAGGAAGGUUUUAUCAAGGCAAUCACAAUGUCACAGCAUCUGGUAUUCCUUGCCAGCGAUGGGACCAGCAGGAUCCUCAUCCGCACAGGUUGUCUGUGGACGUCAUCCCAGAGCUGAAGAAUGCUGAGAACUACUGUCGGAAUCCAGGAGGGGAGAGCGACCAGCCAUGGUGCUACUCCACCAACCCCAGAAUACGCUGGGAGUACUGCCUGGUGCCCAGAUGUGCAGAAGUAGUUACCAAUGUGAGAUUGUCGCCGGCUCCAAAACUGGCCCCUUCAAACCCCAUGCCUGCUGUGUCUACCGGCUACUACAUGAGCGUUAUCAUAUUCAUCAUGGCUGGAUUUGCAGGUGUAGCCUUCUUCACUAUCAUCCUGCUCAUGUGUCUCAAGAGAAGAAGGAGGUGGAAACGUCGAAAAAGGGCCAUGGAGGCACCGACUCUCACCGCUCUUCCUUCUGAGCUGCUCUUGGACAGACUGCACCCAAACCCCAUGUACCAGCGCCUUCCUCUGCUGCUCAACUCCAAGCUGCUGACGCUUGAGUACCCGCGUAACAACAUUGAAUACGUGCGUGACAUUGGAGAAGGAGCCUUCGGACGAGUGUUUCAGGCAAGGGCUCCUGGGCUGUUACCACAUGAAGUCUUCACCAUGGUGGCUGUAAAGAUGCUAAAGGAAGAGGCCUCAGCUGACAUGCAGAAUGACUUCCAGAGAGAGGCAGCUCUCAUGGCAGAGUUUGAUCACCCCAAUAUUGUCCGGCUACUGGGUGUGUGUGCUGUAGGGAAGCCCAUGUGUCUGAUGUUUGAGUACAUGGCACAUGGAGAUCUAAACGAAUAUCUGCGGCGACGUUCUCCAGUCCAGCAGCGCACUCUGAGCCAGGGAAGUCUGACGUGGCCUAGUUCCCAAUCCUCUGAACCUGAUCCAUGUCCACUCAGCUGCCUGGAUCAGCUUUCAGUGUCCAAGCAAGUAGCGGCAGGCAUGGCGUACCUAUCUGAGCGCAAAUUUGUGCACCGGGACUUAGCCACACGGAACUGCCUUGUAGGUGAGGAGCUGGUGGUGAAGAUUGCAGACUUUGGCCUGUCGCGGAACAUCUAUGCAGCUGACUACUACAAGGCAAGUGAGAAUGAUGCCAUUCCAAUCCGCUGGAUGCCACCUGAGUCUAUCUUCUAUAACCGUUACACCACUGAGUCAGAUGUCUGGGCCUAUGGAGUGGUGCUCUGGGAGAUAUUUUCCCAUGGUAUGCAGCCCUACUAUGGCAUGGCACAUGAGGAGGUGAUAUACUAUGUCAGGGAUGGCCAUGUGUUGCUCUGUCCAGAACAGUGUCCACUGGAGCUUUAUAACCUGAUGCGUUUGUGCUGGAGCAACCACCCGAGCGACCGACCCAGCUUUGCUAGCAUUCACCGCAUUCUGGAGAGGAUGCAUAACCAAAUGCUUGAACUAGCAUGAACUAAUGAGGCAAUCUGUGGAUCUACAGUAAAGAAAGCUCAGAAACAAUCAUAACCAUUGAAGAACAAGGUAUCCUUGGACUUUAGCCCAUCUAAGGUUGACUGUUUUGGUACUGAUGGGAUGUAAAUUCUACUCAACAGACAAGUGAAUUCAGCCAUGUAUAUAAACAGAUAAAAAGGCAUAAAUCUGAAAAGUCUAUACUGAGGAGACAGCAGGGGCCAAAUGCCUGAGUCCACUACCAUUAACUGUUAUGAAAAAUAAAUACCAUUUUAUUAAAUAUUUCUCAGUUACCUGUUUUAAAUGGUGGCACAGUAGGUAGUGUUGCCACCUCACAGGUCCAAGACCCCCCAAAUGAUCCUGAGAUGUGUGGAGUUUUAGACCUCUCUACAUUUUGAGGUUUCCUCCCAAUUCUAAAGAACCAGUAGGUGGAUUGGCUACACUAAAUUACCCCAAGGUAUGAAUGCUUGUGUGAAUGUGUGUUCAUGAUGUCCUGCAAUGGACUGGCAUUCCGUCCAUGAUGUAUAUUCUUGCCUUAUGCCCAGGGCUCCCUGGGAUACGCUCCAGAUUCACCAUGACCAGGAUAAAGCUGUUACUGAACAGGAAUGAAUCAAUGAAUGGAUGAAUGAAUGACCUCUAACUCUGUCAAAGAAAUAGAAUGGGGAAAACUGUUUUAAUGUAAAAUAAGUGGAAAAAAUAUCCAUAAAUAUUGACUGGUUGAUAACAUAAUAGUACCAUGAAAGCGUCAUGGAGAAAUACUUGCACAAACUACUACAACGAAAAUAAGAAGUUAUAUUACUGUAAUUAGAUUAGUUGUUUGGUUUUGAUUUGAACAUGGUUCAACCAAUUUAAAGGAUAAGAUUAAUUUAAAAUCUUUCCUCUUUGUAAAAUGACUUUUAGAGCAUUUACAGAAUAUAUUAAUUGUGGGCAUGGCCUUAACCCUACCUGUUCCGGGGUGCCAUAUCAUGUCUGACCCUCCGUUCUGACACAAACUUCCAACGAAGCUAGGAUGUGCAAAGAGAAGAAUUUCGCUGUACUUUAAUGAACGGUUAAAGUUUUCUUCUAAUGACAUUAGGUCAAAUCUUGCAAGCUAAGCUGGUUAACCUUUUUCUUAAAUUUAAAUCAAGUGUCUAAAUGUCUGAACAAAUUUCAUUUGUGCUCUCCAUGCGCCCCUCUCUUGGUGUUAAGUGUAUACUAUUCUUCAUAUGUUUUGAAAGAGGAUUGAAAUCGUUAUCUUUUGCUGUAUGAAAAUGUAUCUUUGAGCUUUGUUUAUGAAGUAUAUACAACUACAGUACUGUACAAAAGACUUAGGCAAAUGCAAACAAAUGUUAGAAGUCAAAG